AUCGAAGAAGAAAUAACAGCGGGUACGCUUUUCAUUUAGGCAACCUUUGCGCUACGACGGCAACCUAUAACGUUUCUCUUCACUGUAAACGGAAGUGAACAGUGACUAAGAGCAAUUUCCACGUUAGCGUUUACUGUUGUGAUUAUUUUAACUACACAGCAUCACAUACUUACGCCAUGUAGUCUUUAAUUCGCGUUGGAGUUAGGACUUGGUUGAUAGACGUUAUAUAGGUAACGCAAACUGCUAACAAUGGCUAACUGUAUGGUUUUUCACACUCAAAUAGCCUCCAUCAUGGAGGUGCUAGCGAAUGCAGCAGUAGCAGAGAUUUGUAAACUCGUAGACGACGACUAUGCAGUGUUUCGUUUGGAAAUUUCUGAAAGCCAGAAACAAAACAGGUCAUUGCGGAGGAAAUUACAGUUUCAGGAACUGAAGGUGGCACGGGAGCGCGCAGACAGGACAAUGCGAGAGCGCGUCCUCGCCAGUCGUCCCAGUAGUGUCAAGAUCCUCGACCAAUUCAGAGGAAUGGCAAGAGGUGGCAGACAUCUCACUGGAGGCCACAGGAGCUUUGUGAAGUCUGUGGGACACAAUACAUGGAGAGAUGACCAACCAAUCACUGUUGAUGAGGGGAGUGGAACCUCAACCCAGCAUGUUAUCAUGAUAGAGUCUGCAGAGGCUGCAGGUCCUGGGGUCAAGCAGGAGAGGUCUGAAGGAGAGGAGGACCCACGGCACAGCAGAGACAUCCAGACUGGAUCAGCGACUGGAGUGGCGCCCCCUGUAGCCACAGAGGACCCCACCACCACCCAAGCGCAACCAAAGACCCAAUGCAGCAUCACGGAAGUCAGUGGAACCCCAAACGCCGUCCUCAAGUCAGAGACAGACACCGAGACUUUAACGGAGCUGGGGCAACUGGGCUGUCCUCCUGCUCCCCGCUCAGAGAAUUUACUUUACAGUAGCCCGAGGACAGUUCUAUCCCAUCAGGACUCAGGUGACUCGUUACAGGCUGGCAAUGAUCCGUCCUGUUCAUACGCUACAGAGACAGAGAUGAUACCUGGUGACACAUCUGUGGACUUAGAUACACAGACUAAUCCAAUGAGAGGGGAAAUUAACCCAUACAGUAGUAGUGUAUACUCUGAAGUGUGCCUAGAAAAGAAAGGAGAGAAUAUAGUGGUAGAUGCGGUGACUGUGAAAGUGGAGGGUGAUGCACUGACAUGGAAUGUAGACGAGACUCACUUAAGAGAUGGACACUCACUAGGCAACACCAGUGACUUCUUAGACUACAGGGAAAGCUUAGAGACAAAUCUAAAUGUCGUGACCCACUCCCCUUUACUCACUUUCAGGGAUCGCGACCCAGUGUCCACGUCGAUGACACCUUCCGAUUCACACGGUCGCGUCCUUUUCGAUCAGGUAUUGAACUCAAACAAAAGGACUAGAGCUAAGGCUCAGGGAGGGGGAGCCACAUCAGGCAAUAUUAAAGAGAAACGGUUCCUCUGCAUGUUCUGUAACAAAGGCUUCAGCUGCCCCCAGAAGGUGGAGAUUCACCAGAGGGUCCACACAGGGGAGAAACCCUUCAGCUGUACCCAGUGUCACAUGCGCUUUGCCCAGGCUUGUACCCUGAAGAGGCACCAAAGGGUCCACACGGGGGAGAAACCCUACAGCUGUACCCAGUGUUACAUGCGCUUCGCCCAGGCUGGUAACCUGAAGAUGCACCUGAAGGUCCACACGGGAGAAAGGUCUUCUGACAUGUAGAUAAAAUCCUGCAUUAAAUGAAUUGUUAUUGUUGUCAGCAUAAAAUAUCCACAGAUGCAUUUGGAAUACUGAGUAACAGAUUUCAGUGUUGAAUAUUCCUGGGUAGAAUAUUUCAUCCAGAUGUGUGAUAUAUAAGCCUAAAAAGUCUGUUACAUAUUGUGUUUAUACUGUGUAAGCUAUAUGAUGGUCACAAAAGCCUAUUUCAUUACUUCCAUUCAACUUCUUAAUUUUUUCUACAAGAAAAUGAAUAAAAUGUAUCAAAUUCAUGCUGAUUUUUUGUUGAGACAUGUAUGUGUGGUUUUCACAUGGUGUAUUUAACACUUGUUUCUGUUUAAUAAACACAAAAUGAGACUUCA